CUGCUGGCGCUCGCGCUGCAGUUCUUGCGCGAGAGAAACCAACGGCUCGCACGACACAAGGAAACAAUCAAGCAGCACUUUGCCCAAAAAAAUCAAAACAGGUAAUAAACACCGUUAAUCACAUUCACAACACCGCGGGAUGUCUCACGGUAAGAACCGACUUCAGGUGUUUGCGCGACAGCUACGUUUCAGGCAAACAUCUGCAACGCUAAUUACUUGAGGAUGUCAGACUCGGAAGACUCGGAUCUGGAGGAACGAGCAGACGUGGUGCGACACCGAACCAAGAUCAUCUAUCAGAGCCAGUUCCCGUACAUUCACAUGGAGCCGCCCGACGUCAUAUAUGAGCGCUGGACCAAGAUAAAGCUCGAGGUGAAGAAGCACGUGGGUCAUCUGAUGCAUGUGUCUGUGUUUUGGUGGCAUAUCCUCCUGAGACAGCAGGACAAUCACCCCGCCACCUUCUGGGCCGUGGAGAUGGGCUUUCUGGACUCAAACGUGUCGAAUGAUUUGAGUCUGAAGAGGCUUGAGAAGAUUGAGAUUCUGGAAAGCAUUCUGGAUGCCAUGGAGAGAGGCCUGUCUCACUCGGACAUGGAGACGAAAGCCCGAGCCGUGGUGUCCCUAAGCAGAUUGUUUUCCGUGGACGAGGAUUGUUUGCCUGAAGCCAUCGGCUGGCUGCGGGACUCUGGAGCUCCUGACGUCGGUAAGAAGCUGAUGGAUCUCGGAUCGGUGGAGAUUCGCUAUCGGACGCUCCGCUUCGUCUUCAUCGAGUAUUCACGUUAUCUUCAGGUGAUUUCGUGCAGUAAAAAGAAAGCCAUCGAGGAGCUGAAAUCAGAGCCGGACUCUUGGACUUUAUCGAAAAGCGAAGAUAUGAAAAACAAAGGAAAUGAGCAUUUUCAGAAGAAGAAAUAUGAUCUGGCGUUGAAGUGGUACACCAAAGCCAUUAAAUACCACCCGAGCAACCACAUCCUGUACGGGAACAGAGCGCUCUGCUACAUUCGCUCGGAGAAAUAUCUGAAAGCACUUGGAGACGGAAAGAGAGCCAUUAUAUUACAGCCAGACUGGGCCAAGGGUCACUACCGCUUCUGUGACGCUCUGUUCUAUCUGGGGGAACAUCAGAAAGCUCUGUCGGCCAACCUCCUGGCUCAGGACGCCUGCGGCACAGACACAGAGGGACAGAAAGACCUGCUGCAGCAGCACGAGCGCUUCCAGACGGAGCUGCAGGAGAGCAGAGAGAUGAAGACCAAGAAAACCGAAACGAAGAAAACUUCUUCUAAAAGCAGAUCACACGCGGCUAGCGAUUCUUCUGGUCAUCAUCAGAAAUCCAGUCAUCAGCCGGAAGCGGCGUCUCAGUCUUCAGUCCAGGAGAGUUCGCAAUCUGAAAACUGGAAACACCAGGAAGACACUGCAGGGAAUUCAGGAGCUCGAGUGUUCGCUGAAGGAAGAGCUGACAGAGUCAAAGACAUAAAGAGUGAAAUGAGUCCACGAAAGACUAAGAAAGCCUCAUCCGCUGUCCCAGAGGAGCCGGCGGUCCGGAGCAAACACCCACCUGUCCCGGACGGACCGAGCCCUCCAGCGGAGCUGGGUUUGACGGAGCUGGAUAAAUCUGUGCUGAUGUAUGGAUAUGCGACGGCCCUGCUGGAAAUCGGACAGCCUGAGGAACUGGCUGAAGCUGAGCGGUUGUUCACCAAAUUAGAGUCGUCAGAGAGGAAGUUUCAGUUGCUGGUGCAUUAUGGGAUGGGCAGAGUUUACCUGAAGGAGAACAGAUUUACUAAAGCUCUGGAGUGCUUCACUAACGCACAGCUGAUGAUCCAGAGACACAUCACACCUGGAAAACUCACCUGGCCGACCACUAAAACUACAGUAGAGGAAACACAGUCGGCCUGUUUAAAGGAACAUCUGGAGGACUUCAUAGAGGUGUGUAAGUUUCCUCCUAAAGCGGACGCGGUCUGCCGGUAUCAGCACUGCCUCUCUCAUACGGUGGAGAUCUACUUCAGCGAUCCAGACUUUAAGGGCUUCAUCCAGCUGACCUGCUGUCAGAGCUGCAGAGUCGAGUUUCAUAUGAGCUGCUGGAAGAAGCUCAAAACACUUUCAUUCUCCGAUAAGAACGACAAGGAUUUUCUAAAAGAUUCAUGUUUUACGCCAGACUGUGGAGGUCAGGUCUGUCACAUUGUAAUAUAUGGCUCGACGGGGCUGAUAAAGUGUGAGUUUAAAACAUCUAUUCCUAAAAUCAGACCUGUUGGACGAUUGAGAAUCAAGCGGCAAUGUACAAGUAUUAAGAAGUUGAAGUCUAAAAAUGAACGAAAGCUUCGGCGGAAACAACACAAGUUGGCGACACGUUCUGCCUGUCAAGAGAGAAAGGAAGUAUUGGCUGCGGACGCCCCUAAAGACCCGACGGCAGAGAGAGAGCCACCCAGAGACUGUAUUGAUAUGGACCGUGUUUUACAUCAAAUUCAUGAUAACAAAGGACUUUUUAAAGAAGAGUCAGUGAAUAUUUCUUGCUUUUUGGAGCAUCUGCGGCCGUGGCUGGAUUUAUUUGAGAGUAAAGGACAUGAGAGCGUGUUAAACAGCCGUAGAGACCCUGGACCUCUGUGGGAGCUGGUGGAUCUUCUGCUGGAGUCCAGAAACCGGGUCUGGGCUCGAGUCUUCAUCGAAACGCUCGGCCUGACGCUUCAUAUCAAACCCAAACUGCAGCAAUGGGCUCAGCAGCUCGAUAACGCUGGUCUGAAAGCCACGGAGUCAUUCGUCAGUCGUUACAGCUCUCAUCUGGAGGAUUUGGACCUGAAGCCUCUGCUCACGUUCACACCGCUGCAGGAGACACUCAUCGAGAAGUUCGGCACCGUUCCGGAAUUAUUUGACCGUGACGGUUUAACUGUAAUGGAGUACUUAAGACAGGCUCCGGCUAAAGAAAAGCGUCUGUUUAUUUGGACUCUAGAGUCGAAUCGAGAGCGCUAUCACUCCUGUCACUCCAUUCUCGAUCAAUAUUUUGAAGAUGAUGCUGUUUGUUUAGUCAUUAAAAAGACUGAUGAUGACGAGCACAUGAGCUCAGUAUUUAAGAGUAAAAACAGGCAUCGCAAGAAGAAGCAGAAGGAGUUAAAGUCUGUUAUUGUGCUGUCUGGAAUGAGAGGUGGACAUCCGAGGGAUGAGGAUGAGGAAGAUGAGCUGUUCUCCGAGGAAGACGCUUUGAUGUUCCUGAGCAGCAUGGAUCCGUUCAGCGUUCCCGAACACCUGCGAGGGCAGCUGGAGGAGUUUGAGGAGCAGUAUGCCGGAUCAGCACACCGGAGCCACUACCAGAGAGUCCUGGACAAUAACCCCGACCCCACUAAAGAGAGUUUAUACGAUUAUUUCGCUCAGAUCCUGGAGGAGCACGGGCCGCGGUGCGCCUCGGACCCGCUGAUGGUGGGCGAGCUGGAGAACUUUCCUCCGGAGGCGCAGCAGAAGAUCGCAGAUGCUGGAGGACUCGAGUCCUUCCUGCUGGAGUCUCUGCGCUUCGUCAUGAUGGACGAGCUGAUCGGGCUGAUGAAGCACGCCGUGUGUCUGACAGACUCCCUGCCUCCGUCACACCUCAACCCCUCGGCUGAAGAGUUCUGGCCUCACGCAGACGCUCUGAGCGACACUGCGUCACACCUCAGCCUUCCUGAUGAUGAUCCAGAGGAGUCUGCGUCCUCGGAUCCGUUCCUGCUCCUCCCCGACCCGUAUGCCUUCGAGUGUCCCGUCUCAGACUACGAGUAUCUGGCAGCAGAUGUGCUGGAGCGAGCGCCGGCGUCUGAGCAGAGCGAGGACAAACACACAGCCGUGUGUGAGCAGGAUUUGGCAGAGCAUACAGAUGUCUCCAUUAACACAGAGCCAUACGUGUCCUUCGAGAGCAACAACGGCGACAUGCUUCAGAAAGAGAAGCAGAGUCUGCAGCUGUUGAAGGAGAUCCAGCAGAUGAAGGAGGAUGAUGAAGCUGUGCAGCAGAGGAGGGCCGAGGAGAUCGCAGCGCUUCAGGAGGAAACCCAGAAGACCACUCUGAGGAUGCAGAUCGCCAGCACCGAGCUCAGCAUGUUCCAGCAGAAACUAGAGGAGGAGGUGAGGAAAGACCAGCAGGAGAAGAAGGAGAACCAGGAGACGCUCAAGACACUGAAGAUGGAGAUCAAACACCUGGCAGAUUUACAUGAAAGUUACACCAGAGACAUCAGUGUGAAGAAUAAAGAGUAUCAGGCAGAACUGGAACGAUUCCUGGAUGUCAGUAACCAGUGUGCGUCUGAGCGUCUGCAUCUGGAGGAGGAGAUCAAGCGCUUCAGAGACGCGUGUGUGAAGGCCCAGAGGAGAUCCAUGAUGGCUCAGCUGUGUGUCCUGCAGAGCAGACGUGAACACGCGCUGCGGCGGCUCCGGAUGAGUGUCUCUGAAGGGAAGAUGGUGGUCAAACACCUGACGGAGGCGUCGCUCAGUUUCCCCUCCGGUGCGCUGCUGUCAGCCAUAGACGACUGGAAGAAACACAUGUGCGACGCUGAAGACAAAAUCAACAGGAUGCAGAUGGAGUUUGAGGCUCAGAUGGAUCAGGUGAAGAGCGGCACCAGACUCUGUUCACUGCCUGAUAUCUGCGUUCCCAGCGUCCCCGCAGCACCCUCUCUACCGGCCAUGCUUCCUCCUCCGGUUCCUCAGCCGGCUCAGUUCUACGGGCCGUACGUGUCACUUCCUCCCGGCCGCACAGGACGCAGCACACCGACAGACAGACUUCCUGAAGGACCCCCAGCGCCGCCACACCUCACCGUGUACGAGCGGAUCCUGGAGCGACUCCACAUGAUGUUCCCUCAUUACAACAGGCGGGUUCUGAGCAAGUUCAUCCAAGAGGUCCGUGUGUCCAGCGGAGGCGCUCUCAACACGCUGACCUAUGAUGACGUCAUCAACCGAGUGGCUCAGCUCAUCCUGGUGAGUGAGUGAGAGUGUGUGUGUGAGUCUGUGUGUGAGCAGAUGAACCUCGCGGGUGGAGACGCUCUGGGUCACAUGACUCCUCCGUCUGACGCCGCUGUCAGAGCCACCGGGCCGCCACUUACACACGUGUGGAAGAACGUGUCGGAGAAACAUCGCAACACGCCGCUGGCGCUGAACAUGGAGGAUCCGUGCAUCAUCUGUCACGAGGACAUGAGUCCAGAGGAAGUGUGUGUCCUGGAGUGCCGCCACAGCUUCCACAGAGAGUGUAUAAAGUCGUGGCUGAAGGAGCAGAGCACGUGUCCCACCUGUCGAGAACACGCGCUCUUACCGGAGGACUUUCCCAUGCUGCCCGGCAGACACCGCAGGAGCCACGCGCCCGCCGCCGCCUUUAACUGACCCGCUGUAUGUUCAUCUGCACCAGUCUUAUUAUCUUCAUAAUCACACACUCA